GAACACAUUCGACCUCUUUAUGGUAUUCAAAGCAGUUUUCAACUUAUGAAUUGCACUUUUUAGCUUCCUCCAAGUCGCUACUGAAAAAAAGAAGAAAAAAAGAAGAGGAAACCUAUAAAUGCCCAGGGUGUCCGGAGACUAUUUGCUCAAACCACAACACGUGGAUUCAUCGCUGUUUGGAAAUUUUCCGGGUUCGACGGAGGAACUGAGGCAGCCGAGUGGUUUAAAACACUUCACGUCCAGCUCAAAGCCAACUGCUAACAACAUGGAGUACCUGCCGGAUAAAAACUCCAGCUACAAAGACGUUGCCUACUGGGAUGACAGGUACAGGACGGAGCAGCACUAUGAUUGGUUGGGCAGUUUCUCCAGCUUUAAGCACCUUCUGGAAAAAAUCAUGAAGAAAGAAGAUUCCAUCCUCAUACUGGGUUGUGGAAACAGCAGUUUGGGUGGAGACAUGUACGGCGCCGGCUACCAUGCGAUUACCAACAUAGACUACUCCUCGGUGUGCAUCAGCGCCAUGAGAGCCAGGUACAGCGGUUGUCCUGGUAUGACCUGGCAUCAGAUGGACGUUCGUCAGCUCUCCUUUGCCGACGCGUCCUUUGACGUCAUCCUUGAGAAGGCGACGCUGGACGCCAUCAUGGUUGAGGAGAAGUCGCCAUGGGAGGUCUCUCCUGAAACGUCAUCCUUCAUUCAUCAAGCUCUCAGCGAGAUAAGUCGCUGCUUGAAACCCGGAGGCCGCUUCGUCUCCAUCACGUUCGCGCAGCCCUUCUUCAGGAAACGCCUCUACGCACGCACCGCGUACGACUGGUCAGUCAGACACGACAGUUACGGUGAGGGCUUUGAGUAUUUUGUGUACGUAAUGACCAAAGGAGAGCAGCUCAGCCCGGAAGAUGCGGCUCUGGAGCAGAGGCUUCUGGAGGAACCCGCAUCCCAACCCGCCAGCUGUCCCACCCCUCAAGAUGAAGAGGAUAAUGACUUCCUGUGCAAUAUUAACUUAUGAUGUUGCUGAAAAGUGGACAUUAAUCUCAGGAAUAUUUUAUGUCUUAGCCUACAGAAGCAGAAGUGACAGAUUUAUUACUUUGAGUGUUGAAAAUAAUUUCAAACACACUUUUAUCUCAGUUUUUAGUCAUUUUUAAUAUUUUAUCUUUUGUAAACUUUUAUACAUGCUGUUGCUACUAUGUAAAUAUUUCUGCAAAUUCAUGUGAGUGUGAUCAGGACUGCUUCUUGUAAAAUUUGAACAGGUAUUUUUAGGAUUAUGUUUUUUUUUUUUGCUAACAUAACUCAAUUGUAUCUGACUAACCAUAAACCAAAUAGUUGCCUUAAGGAUAGUUUUAGGUUAGGUUUAGUAAAACGUGAACAAGUCGCAGCUGAAAAAAUAGGCAGCCUUUUGAGGAUUCAUUUUUUCUUCCUGAUGCAAACAUUUCCGCGUUUUUCCAUAAAUUUUUCAACUAGAAGGAGCAAGUUGGCGUGUAACAUGAGAUGCUGGCGUUCUAUUAAAAGAAUCAUUUCAGGGAAACCACGGUUUAUAAAAUUACUAAUUUAGCAUUGACAUAUGGUUAAUGCAUCUCAAAAAUGUAAAAGAAAUUACAGAUAAUAGCCAAUAUUUGUGCAUAGAUAUACACAAAAUUAAUUCAUGUUCUUCUAACUUAAGAGUAAAAGACCAGAAAAAUGUGCCAUGUGUAUGAAUUCAUUCCAUUUACUACGAUUCUCCAAAAGUGCAGAGAUCCGCAGCUUAGGUAGAGGAAUAUUUUGACAUCACAACUAUUAGUUAUGAAAUCCACAGAUCUGGCUUUGGAAAAGAGACAAGAAGACCACAAAAAACAUAGAGGCCACAGCAGAGAUAUAGAAUAUAAGGCACCUGGGUUAGAUCAGACCAAAAUGUAACUUUGAACCAAUGAAACUGUGUGAAAAUUAUGUGAAUACUUCCUCCCCACAUUUAACAUUGAUCUCAAACCUCAAAACACUGAGGUUUGAGAUCUUAAUAGAAUGAGAAGUAGAAAAAGUUCAAAAAGCUCUUAAAUAGUAAUAGUACAACAAAAAGUAACCAUCCAGCAGCGGAUGGUUAUUCAUCGGUCUUCAUAUCGUAGUCACAAACAAAAUCCCUGCAGGUUCGCAUUCAGCUCCAGUGUUUGCGUUGCAGUUUGCGUUUGCCACGUUUAAGCAAUUUGCAAAACAAACCGUCGUGCCUCAAUCCGACACCUGAGAGCCGCAGCCUCCUGCCUGUUGAGGAGGCGUUAAAACUCCCAUCGGUGUGUCUGUCAGCGUCCUCCUCUCGUCUGCCGCUGGUGUCGGGUUUUAUGUUCGACACAAAAGCUUCAAGGUGCUUCAUGCCACGUCUCGCACGGCUGUCAAAAAGCAUUUAUGCACACAUGUGCUUCCACCUACAAGAAACGGCCCACCCCUGCGUGUUAUUUGUUAGAGACACACGAUACUAGGUGUCGGGGUCAUGUGCUCGCCUGCUGCUUAAAUAUAGCCCAUUAACAGCGCACACAGCCAUGCGUGCAGACAGGGAGGAGGACUUCUGACUGGAGGGGAGGGGAUCGCAUUAAUAAAGUUGAAAUCAUUUAUUUUUAAUUCUCCACCGAGAUCUAAUUAACGCCUAUUUUUAAGACUUGGGGAGAGAAGACGUGAUUUUUCUGAAGGCUGCUGUUUCCUUACACGGUUAGCUUGUUGGAGCAACGUCAUGGUUUGGUCAGCUUUGGCGCUGUUGUUUAGCAGAACAGUCUGGUCUACUUUUUUUUUUUUCUUUUAGCUGGCAUUGCAAAAUAAAAUUAUACAUAUUUAAUGGACUUACAAUAUUAAUGAGCUAAAUGAAGUGCAAUGCUUUGUUCCAGACACAGAUUUCUUAGAUUUGUUUUUUUUUUAUAAAUGCAACUUUAGACGAAGCUGCUAAUUAUGUCAUGUUUUCAGUAACAUCCAAAGCUGCCUUUCCUGUUCAGGAGUGCAAACUAAAUGCCUUCCUAUCCGAAAAGGCCUUUUUAAGCUAAACCUGUGGCCUAUUAUUAAUCUUUAUGUUGAUAUUAAUGUUUCAGUUUCAGAAGGCUAGAAACUGCCUCAUGUGUGUUACCAACUUAAAAACUGACGCUGUGUAAUCCACAGACUCGGUAGCUGUUUACAGUUCUGCUGUUGUGUUGCAUUGACGCAUUAUUCUCAUGCUGUCUUUCCAAGUCGACUGUUAACAUUACGUGCAGAAACACAAACUUAUUUCAAGAUGUUUCUGUGAAAAAGAAAAACAAAAGUUCUGACAUUAACAGUACAUACAUGUUUAGUGUUCACCAUUUGUAUUUGCAUAAAGAUGCUUACAGUGUUUUAAAAUAAAUGCAAGUUGUAUAUA